AUGACUUCAAUAGGUCAAGAUCUUAUUUUUGCCUCUCUUCUCUUCUUCUUGCUUCUCUAUCCUUCUCUUGGUGUUGAUGUUGUUGGUGGUGGUACUGGUGCUGGUGCUUUGAACUCUGCUCUCUUCCCUCCUGCUCCUCCUCCCCCCAACUAUUUUCGCAUUUUUGACCAUUUGGCAAGUCUUUUCUCUGACUCUCACUUCCUCCUGUCUGAUCCUCUCCUUCUAGCUCCCUUCCCUCCUCUUCCCUCAAGAAUUUUCGCAAUUUUCACUAUUUGUUCUCUUGCCUCUUCCUCCUUUAUUAGUUUACAUGUAUUGUAGUAGUUGAAAUAUAAUUUGGAAUUUUCGCUUU